CUCGACGGUGGCGAUAUCGGAAGACAUACAAGAGGUCACGUAAAAUAUUAUUAAGAAAUGAUUCGGUGGAGAAAACCAUUUUCCUCUCCGAUGGUAACCACUCGAACAUUUUGUAUGGUAUCUGUCAAAAGAGCGCGGUUUGCAAUCCAGCAGGCUUGGAAGCGAAGGGACGCUGAUAAGUGUGAAGACAAUGCUUUCAAAGUAAAACACACGAAGUUGUACUCCAUAACUCCUUCUAGAAGUGAGCCUGAUGUCAAUAUUUCUUCAGCUUUGACUCUUAACGACGGCGUAAAAAUCCCCAUCUUUGGAUUGGGUGUCUACCAAGCAGGAUCUGGCGUGGAAACUAAAAAUGCCGUACGAUGCGCUUUGGAAAAUGGGUACAGACAAAUCGACACUGCUGCUAGAUACAAAAACGAGGACAGUGUUGGUGAAGCCAUCAAGGAAAGCAAAAUUCCACGAGAAGAUAUAUUUGUGGUCACAAAGUUAUAUGACGAUGAUCACGGCUUCGACAAAACGCUAGCAGCGUUCAAUAAGAGCUUAGGAAAAUUAGGAACGGAAUACGUGGACUUGUAUUUGAUGCAUUCCCCGGUUCCUGAUAAUGUAAUAUCCUCAUGGAGUGCUAUGGUCAAGCUACGACAGCAAGGACUAGUUAGGUCAAUAGGUGUGUCUAACUUUGGUAUUCACCACCUUGAAGAACUAAAGAAGCACUCAACUGUUAUGCCCUCUGUCAACCAGAUUGAAGUUCAUCCCUUUUUACAAGAAAGUGAUGUGGUCAACUAUUGUAAAGAGGAAGGCAUUGCCAUCCAGGCUUACUCACCAUUGACAAGAGGCAAGAAACUUGACCACCCAACAAUUAAAGCUGUUGCUGAUAAGCAUGUAAAAACUCCAGCACAGAUAUUAUUGAGAUGGUGUAUACAGAAAAACUAUAUUUGUAUUCCAAAGUCUAGUCAAUCAUCUCGUAUUGUAGAAAAUGCCAGUAUAUUUGACUUUCAAUUGUCUACUGAGGACAUGAAUGUUUUAGAUGGGUUAGAGGAAGGAUUUAGGACUGGAAGACCUAAAAUACAAGAGCCCUGGAAGGGAUAGCAAAUAAAGAAUUAUGCUUCAGAAACUAUAUUAUGUAUGUAGAGGAGUCCAAUAUGCAAGUCUGAUAAGAUUGUUGCUACAAAAUUAAAAUGAAAGGGGGGGUAGAGAAAGGGGGGAUCAAAGAGCCCAAGAGAGAGGGAGGUUGUUUAGGUUAUUUGCACUCAAGCUAAGAAAUUGUCAAUUAAAAGUGGAAACAAAAUUUGUGAAAUACUUAAGUUUUAACAUUGUAAAACACUUUAAAAACAGGUUUUAAUUACAGGCAAUAAGGCUCUAGAAAUAGUAAUAUUAUAAGAUAAAACUGCAUUGAAUAAAUUACAUUAAAACAAA